AUGGCGGCCACCUGCUCACUUGCCGAACGCAUCCACGAGCGCUAUUUUGAUGAAAACGAAUUCGUCUCUGAAUUCAUUUUGGACGCGUCCCCCCGAAAAAAGCUGCUGCCCCGUGGCCUGGAGAUGAUCGUGCUCAACCAUAUGCAAAUCCGCGACGUCGGCGAUACGGAACGCCUCGACGAAUAUAUGCGCAGCGUCCGGGACUUGGAUUUAGCGUGGAAUGAUAUUAACGAGUGGGAGGAGCUCUCAAAGCUGUUCUCCCGACUCCCGGUGCUCUCCAAUCUGAACCUAUCGUUUAAUCCACUGAACAAGAUGGUUGAUGUGACCCCACCAAAGAUGGAGCGUCUCUCGACGCUGAUUCUCAACGGGACAAAUCUUCCCGUGUCCUCGAUUCAGGCCAUCGUUUCGGCUUGCCCGUCUUUGCGUGAGCUUCACCUCUCCCACAACGAGUUCAACAUCGACGAUCCGUCUACGUCUGAGCAGCCGGUGAGCGAGACCGUGACGACAAUCCACCUGAACCACUGCGGUCUCCGCGACUGGGAGCAUGUGAUGAGACUUCUGAGUCUGUUCCCGAAUAAGCGGACCGUGUACCUGAGCGAGAAUCCGAUAACCCGCAUCCAUACCGGAAGUUCACACCUCGAUCCGGCGACCCAUUGCACGUUGACGGCCAUCACGCUCAGCAAGACCGAGAUCGACGACUGGGAGAGUAUCGAUCACCUCGAACAUUUUCCCUCCCUGCAGGAGGUCCGGCUCACCUGCACGCCAGUGCUCGAAAAAUUUUCGGAUGAGGAACGGGUCCACAUGAUCACGGCCAGGCUUGAGAAGCUCAAGGUUUUGAACGGGUCAAUCAUCACGGAUGAACAACGAGAGACCUCCGAGCGGUUCUUCAUCAGAUAUUUCCAAGACCGGGACGACAAACCGCCACACUAUCAACGGUUGCUCGAGAAGCACGGCAAUAUUGAGAAGCUGGUGAAGGUAGACCUCACGCCACAACUAAAAGUCAGGCUGAAGCUGGUGUGCGAGGAGACGAACUUCAAAUGCGACGUGACGGCGCCUGUCAAUCGCUCCAUCGCAGAAUUCUUCAGAUUCCUCGAAACUCAAACGGGGAUUCAAGCGGGCCGCAUGCGGGUAUUCCACUGCCGGGGUGAGAACAUCCUCAGCACCACCGAAAUACGGCCCUCCAAGCAGGCGUUCCAUACGACGCACGCCGAAGAUGGAGAUACCUUUAUGGUUCAGAGCAAGCCGAUCGUGUCGAGGAAACGGGCGGGAGCCCCUAAAUCCGAGUCGAGCGACCAC